CUCCCAGACAGCAGGUGGCGCGCUUCCGAGCACCGGAAGCACGAAUAAGAAAAAGAUGGCGCCUGGCCGUUUGAUGUAAACAAAGACGUCGGAAUUUUUACUCUUGUUUUACUUCACCAAGAAGAAGCAAACAUAAUAGUUGACCACAAGAUGCACAUUGAAAAUUCCAGGUGACCAGAUGUCUUACGCCUGUUGAAGAACAGAGUGCAUGAAAUCUUAAUCAGACUUGCCCAGACACAUUUUAACUCAGCGGGGUGGAGACAGAGAUGGCAGGACGCGGUCGUGGUCGGAGUCGCAGAAUGAUGACGUUCAACGUGGAAGCCAUCGGCAUCAACAGAGGAGAUACUCUACCACCGUCCAUCCAACAGCCCACACCUCUGUUUCCUGCUUUGGAGCACAAGCCGCUCCCCCUAACAGGAGGCGAGGAGGCAGAGUAUCUGUUGGCCCUGAAACAGGAGUUCAGAGGGGCCAUGAAGACCCUCCCCUUCUUCAUCCAGCCUGCCUCUGCACACACAGGUCAGAGGGCACACACAGAUGUGGAACGAUACUCUGACAAAUAUCACAGCGGCGAGCAGGCCGAUGCUCUGACAGGCUGGUUGCCAGAUUCAAAGAGAUUCCCAAAAGAGCUGAGGUUACGUGUCAAGAAAACAAUAAAAAAGGGUGCGUCCAAAGAGGUUGUGCAGUCAAAGAAGGUUCAGGCUGAUGAGCAGAAAAAAGCAGUAACAGAAAACAAGGAAGUUCUCCUCAAGCUGGAGACGCUGCAGAGUGAAGAGCAGCAGAACUCUGAGGAUGAGGAGCAGCAGGAGAAGAAGGAAGAGGAUCAGGAGCCCGAGGAAGAGUAUGACGAGGAGGAGCUGGAGGAAGAGACAGACUACAUCAUGUCCUAUUUCGACAACGGCGAGGACUUUGGCGCGGAAAGUGAUGACAACAUGGACGAGGCCAUUUACUGAAACAUUUGUGGCGAUUUCAAUGCCAACUGCCAGUUUUAAGUCAAGAUUUUAAAUGGUGUCAAGUUUGUUUGUUUUUUCAUAUUGUUGAUUGUUAACUUUUUACUAAAAUAGAGAAAAAUAUUUCAUUGAAACGUUGAAGACAA